AUGAGUGAACAGCAGUGUCCACCCGGAAGUAGGUUCGAUUGUACGCCGUCAUUGCCUGCACAGCGACAGCCACCACGCAAUCCAACAAAUGAUACUCGCACUGGUAACCACAGAGGUACGGCAGCGCGUUCUCCAGAAGCCCAACAACAACAACAAGAAGGAGAACCCGCUUGGUGGAAUCCCUUGGAAGGUGUUUGGAAUGCCUUUAUGGAGGAGCCACAGGAAGCAGAAUUGCAACAACAGCGGCAGCAACAACAAAUGCAACUACAAAAGUUGCAGAAACGAAAGGAGCGCAUGGAACAGCAACGACUCGAACACCAUCGCAAGCUGCAAAUGAAGACACAAUACAAUGAUCGUCAGCAGAUGGAUGGCAUCUUGCGGGAAGAUGCCCAACACCACCAUGAAUGGAUGGUGCCACCACCACAAAUGGAACAGGACGAUCAUCGUGCUCGUGGUCUUUCCCCCCAUCGAUCUCAGCCUCGACAACGUCCUCUGCAGGCAAGGCCUCCAGUUGGCGGAGCUUUUGAAAAGGAUGGCUUUUACAGGGAAAGCAACAAGCCUAGACAGCAACAGCAACAUUUGUCUCCCAAGCGCUCUCCAUUGCGUCCUUCCAGACAACAACAGCAUUUGUCUCCCAAGCGUUCUCCAUUGCGUCCUCCCCGAUCGCCCCUUCGGAACCAACAUUCUCCCGUAAGAUCACCUCCUCCACCACCCGAGAAACCAUCUACUAGUGGCAUGUGGUACUUUUUCUAUGGCACCGAAAAACGUCGUCUCAACUUUUGGACCAUCCUGUCCAUUCUCAUGUUGGCACCCCCCAUUUUCUUGGGUGGCUACUAUGCGGGACAUGGAUUGGAGUCCAACCCUCGCACGUGGGUGGCCGGCAACGGUGGAAGCAAUGGCAAUGAUGGUGGCGACUUGCCGGGCCCAGGAGGUCCCGACCCGUUUCGUCCUACACUUCCACCAUAUGUGUACGAGACCAACAUUUUCAUGACGCAAGAUGAAGUAUUGAAAGAAGACGAACGCUUGUUCUUGACAUCGACAAAUCAAGGAGUCCAUUUGAAACAAGAAGUCAAUGGCAAUUUAGUCUUGUACAAUCGAGACAAGACUGUUUUGUGGCACUCAGGAGUCAUUCGAGCCAAAGCCACUUCGAAACAAAGUUAUUCGACCACUCUACAAGGCGAUGGCAACUUGGUGACCCAUUCGACGAUCUACGAUGCCACCCAACGCAUGUGGUCCACCCAAGUGGAAUGGAGCAGUGCCAGUGAGUCCUUGCACCAUGGAGAAUAUACACUCAUGUUGACACCCAAAGCGGAUGGACUGAUGAUUAUUCGGCGGAUGGACAGUGACAUCAUGUGGUCGACCGUCCCCGUGGAACUGGAAGCCUCUCCGACUGCCACUCCUUCAGUGAUGCCCGUCCAAACGGCUCGGCCCACCCGACCACCCGUCGAUUAUCCGACCCCCAAUCCCACCAUGUAUCCAACAAAGACUCCCACCUUGCGACCCACCGACUAUCCCACCAUGGCACCAUCCCCACGCCCAACCAUGUUUCCAUGGCCCGCGACGGUGCCCCAAUCCCAAGUGUACUCGCUCGAAUCAGGACCCUUGGUGGGACAUACCACCCACAAUUCGUGCAAGUUUUGGGCGUUUUUGGGCCGGGCGGUUCCCAUGCAGCUAAUCUAUUGGCCCAAUGGUGGCAGUGUUGACUAUCAAACGUCCAUGCAAACAGUCACCUUGUAUCCCGAUGCAGAGUCCAAUGGGGCCGCGAUUGAAACCAUUCAAGGGUUAUUGCCUGAUACCGUGUACUUGUACGAAGUCCGUAUCAGCAACGAAUGGAUUUCUCAAGGACACUUUAAGACGGCACCCAUGCCGAAACAAGCAACUCAAUUCAAGUACUUGCUGGCCUCGUGCAUGAAUGUCAAGUCCAAUGAUGGUGGAUAUCGGAACCAACCAGUUUGGAAUGAAGCUUUGGACAAGGGUGUCGAUUUUGCUAUGCUACCAGGAGAUACUGUCUAUCUGGCUAACAAUGAUUGGACUGUGGAAGGAGAAAUGAUUUACGAUCGUAUAUGGUAUCGAAACUUGCAACAACGAGCCGAAGUCCAUUUCGCUCGUCUCAUCAAGACAGUUCCUACCUAUGCAAUAUGGGACGAUCAUGACUACGGCAAGAACAAUGCGGAACAUCGUCAAAAGGGCAAGGAAAAUUCACUGCAAGCAUGGGGUCAUCUUUGGCCCAAUCCCUACCAAGGAUCUGCCAAGGGUGCCGGAAACUAUUAUUCGUACAGUUGGGGAGACGUGGACUUUUUCGUUUUGGAUUGCCGCUGGUAUCGAAACUCGUACAAUGGUACCUUGUUUGGUGAUCCACAACUGGAAUGGUUGGAAGAAGAGUUGAUUGCUUCGGAGGCCAAAUUCAAAAUCAUAGUGUCUGGUAGCGAUGUCAUGGAAAAAAGCAUGACCCGCGACUUGAAGGAUAUUGGUAGGAUUGUCGCUAGAAAUUCCGUGUCGGGAGUAUUGUUCAACUCGGGUGAUAUUCAUCGCAACGAAUUCAAGGUGCAAGACAUUGAAGGUUGGCCUUACAGGGUGCACCAGCUGACUUCUUCCGGUAUUGCCCGAGUCUGGAGGAGAAAUUUUGCAAUCAUCAAUGUCGAUACAGGUUUGAGUGAUCCCGAAAUCAAGUCCGAAUUCUACGCGGCGGAUUCUCGACAGCAAUUCACCACCUGGUCCAACGAUCCCAACUUGGAAUGUGGGGAGGAUGCGGAGAAUGAAAGCCGGCAAGCGAAGUGUACCCAACGCAUCCGCUUGAGCGAUUUGACGCCUCGUUAA